AUGGAUGACCUCGAGUCACUGGAGCUGUUCUCGCUCGUGUCCCGAGUGACGAACGAGCUCCAGAACCACCUGGGCAUCAACGAGAAGACCUUGGCGGAAUUCGUGAUCGACCAGCACCUCAAAUGCGGGGGCUCGUUUCCUGAUUUCAAGAAGGGCCUCGACGAGAUGGGUGCCGAGUUUCCGCAAAGUCUGAUGGAGAGUAUCGAUCGCCUCGUCCUGACGAUGCACCCGAAGUACAAGGGGAAGAAAGCGGAAAAUGGCGACUCUGCCCCUGCCGACGAUGACGAUAUGGAUGUGCUUGGUGCGCUGGAGAAGAAAGCUCGCGUCUUUAAGGGUCUUGCGGUUCCAGAUACGGGGAAGCGCUGGAAGGAAGAAGACUACACUGAUCGCCCUGCGGACGAGGCCGAUGCGCAAGCAGGCGCCAUGGAUGAUACAUUUGCGAUGCUUGAGGGUCUGGCAGGAAAGGCACAAGAGGACAAGCCCCGCGCGGCAAGAGAUGAGCGUGGUAGCAGGAAGCGCAGUCGCAGCCCCGAGUACGAUGAUUAUGGCCGGGGCCGCCGAGGCCGGAAUAAAUAUCGGUCGAGAUCGCGAAGCGCUGCUCGGUAUGGCGAAAAAGACGAUUACGUGGACGAGUUCGGCCGAUCAAUUGGUAAACAUGGCAGCCGGGAGGAUGGCCGUCGCAACGGCCACAGUGACCGUCGGAGACGCCGCGAUCGAGACGAUGACGACGAGCACUUCCGCCGACCCCCACCUGUGGAGCUGGAUGACCACCCCAUACUCUACAAGAUCUACGACGGGCGUGUGACAGGGGUGAAGGAUUUCGGUGCUUUUGUGAACUUGCAGGGUGUCAAAGGGAAGGUGGAUGGCCUUGUGCAUGUUUCCGCGAUGCAAGAGGGGGUACGAGUGAAUCAUCCGUCGGACUUGGUAUCUCGUGGCCAGCCAGUCAAGGUCAAGGUUGCCAGCAUCCAAGGCACACGCAUCGGGCUGUCUAUGAAAGAAGUCGACCAAGCAACAGGACUCGACCUUGUUCCUCAGCGGCGUCUUGCUUCUGGUGCGAAUAUGGAACGUCUUGACGGUAGUUCAGCAGACGAGAGAUAUGGAAACUUGAGCUCCGAGGUGCCCGUCAUUGAGGGGUCGGGCGGUCGCCCGAUGAAGAACCGGAAGCGCCUUACUUCGCCGGAAAGAUGGGAGAUCCGACAGCUGAUUGCAUCCGGUGUCGCUUCUGCCGCCGACUACCCUGACAUCGACGAGGAAUACAAUGCAACACUUACCGGCGAAGGCACGUUCGAAGAAGAAGAGGAUGUGGAUAUCGAAGUCAAAGACGAAGAGCCACCUUUCUUGGCUGGCCAGACAAAACAAUCCCUUGAACUUUCCCCGAUCCGUGUCGUCAAGGCUCCUGACGGUUCAAUGAACCGGGCGGCGAUGGCGGGUACAAAUCUUGCCAAGGAGCGGCGCGACAUCAAACAGCAGGAGGCGCAGGAUAAGGCUGCCGAACGGGCUGCCGAUGUCGACCUCAACGCACAAUGGCAAGAUCCCAUGGUUGCUCCCGAGGAUCGAAAGUUUGCUGCCGAUUUGCGGAAUACCCAGCAGCCCAAGCAGGAUGAAUCCGUGCCGGAGUGGAAGAGAGUCACGAUGGGCAAAAAUCAGACUUUUGGCAAACGGACUAACAUGUCAAUUAAGCAACAACGCGAGGGCUUGCCCGUCUAUAAAUUCCGCAAACAGCUGUUGGACGCAGUGAAAGACAACCAGCUCAUGAUUGUCGUUGGGGAUACUGGGUCUGGAAAGACUACCCAGUUGACCCAAUUCCUGGCCGAGGCUGGCUACGGAAACAACGGGAUGAUCGGUUGUACUCAACCCCGGCGUGUCGCCGCCAUGUCUGUGGCCAAACGUGUGGCUGAGGAAGUGGGUUGCCGGCUGGGUGGAGAGGUCGGGUAUACAAUCCGUUUCGAAGAUUGUACCAGCCCAGAAACCAGCAUCAAAUACAUGACCGAUGGGAUGCUUCAACGAGAAAUUCUCCUGGAUCCGGAUCUCAAGCGGUAUUCUGUUAUUAUGCUUGACGAAGCGCACGAGCGGACGAUUGCAACCGAUAUCCUCUUCGGGCUGUUAAAGAAAACGAUCAAGCGAAGACCUGAUCUCCGACUAAUCGUCACGUCUGCAACGCUAGACGCCGAGAAAUUCUCGGAAUAUUUCAACGGAUGUCCCAUUUUCUCGAUUCCAGGACGGACCUACCCUGUCGAGAUUAUGUAUUCCAAGGAGCCCGAAUCCGAUUACCUGGACGCGGCCCUAAUCACAGUCAUGCAGAUCCAUUUGACAGAGCCUGCAGGUGAUAUUCUUCUAUUCUUAACUGGGCAAGAGGAAAUCGACACAAGCUGCGAGAUAUUAUUUGAGCGGAUGAAAGCCUUGGGCUCUACCGUUCCCGAACUAGUCAUUCUUCCGGUCUAUUCGGCACUUCCCAGCGAAAUGCAAAGCAGAAUUUUCGAACCCGCGCCGCCUGGUGGCCGGAAGGUUGUUAUUGCAACUAACAUCGCGGAAACCUCUAUUACCAUUGACAACAUUUUCUAUGUCAUUGACCCUGGUUUUGUGAAGCAGAACGCUUAUGACCCAAAGCUGGGAAUGGACUCUCUUGUGGUGACACCGAUCUCCCAGGCGCAGGCCAAGCAGCGAGCUGGCCGUGCAGGGAGAACAGGCCCGGGCAAGUGUUUCCGACUCUACACCGAGGCAGCCUAUCAGUCAGAGAUGCUUCCAACGACCAUUCCUGAAAUCCAACGCCAGAACCUUUCGCACACUAUUCUUAUGCUCAAGGCGAUGGGCAUUAAUGAUCUCCUCCAUUUCGAUUUUAUGGAUCCACCACCGACCAAUACCAUGUUGACCGCUCUGGAGGAGUUAUAUGCCUUAUCGGCAUUGGACGACGAAGGUCUUUUGACUCGUUUGGGACGGAAGAUGGCCGACUUCCCUAUGGAACCGGCGCUUGCGAAGGUGCUUAUCGCGUCUGUGGACAUGGGAUGCUCAGAGGAAAUACUAAGUAUUGUUGCGAUGCUGUCCAUCCAGUCGGUAUUCUAUCGUCCGAAAGAGAAGCAGCAGCAAGCCGACCAAAAGAAAUCCAAAUUCCAUGACCCGCAUGGCGAUCAUCUUACCCUGUUGAAUGUCUACAACGGCUGGAAAAACUCCAAAUUCAACAACGCAUGGUGCUUCGAGAACUUCAUCCAGGCUCGACAGAUACGCCGCGCCCAAGAUGUGCGCCAGCAACUGCUCGGCAUCAUGAACCGCUAUCGCCACCGAAUCAUCUCGUGCGGCCGGAAUACUACCCAAGUACGACAGGCGCUGUGCACCGGGUUCUUCCGCAAUGCCGCGCGCAAAGACCCCCAGGAAGGAUACAAGACGCUGGUGGAAGGGACCCCCGUGUACAUGCACCCUAGCUCUGCGCUUUUCGGCAAACCGUCUGAACAUGUCAUCUACCACACGCUGGUCCUCACGACAAAGGAGUACAUGCACUGCACGACCUCGAUUGAGCCGAAAUGGCUGGUGGAAGCGGCUCCGACCUUCUUCAAGGUCGCGCCUACGGAUCGCCUGUCGAAACGCAAGAAGGCCGAGCGUAUCCAGCCUCUUCACAACCGGUUUGCGGGCGAGGACGAUUGGCGUCUGUCGGCACAGCGACGCCAAGGCAGAGGUGGGGGCGGCGGUACUUGGGGUUGA